GUGAGCACGGUGCGUAUGCAAGGAGUCAUCCUCUUUGUCUUUGCCAAGUACUACCACCUGCCUUUCCUGCAGGACAUCCAGACGGACUGCACCCGGACGGGGCUGGGAGGCUACUGGGGCAACAAGGGUGGCGUAAGUGUGCGGCUCUCUAUCUUCGGGCACAUGGUCUGUUUCUUGAACUGCCACCUGCCGGCCCACAUGGAGAAGGCGGAACAGCGCAAGGAGGAUUUCACCACCAUCCUUCACCUGCAGCAGUUCGAGGGGCCCUCGGCCAAUGGCAUUCUGGACCACGACCUCAUCUUCUGGUUCGGCGAUCUCAACUUUCGCAUUGAGACGCUGGACAUCCGUUACGUGAAAUACGCCAUAGACAACAAUAUCCUCCAUCAACUCUGGGAGAAGGACCAGUGCUAAGAAGCGGAAACCAGCUUGGACGGACCGUAUCCUAUGGAAGAUCAAAAGUGGGGCCCACCCAGUGCAUUCUGGGAGAUCCAGCGGUGGGAACCUGACUGUGACCCAGCUGUGCUAUUGCAGCCACAUGGAGUACACUGUGAGUGACCACAAGCCCGUGGCCUCCAUUUUUUCAGUACAGUUUGGUUCCCGUGCCGAUGUGCCGCUGGUGGAGCUGCAAGUGGCCGACGAGUGGACUAAGCCGGAGCAAGCUGUGGUACACUAUAGGACAUCAUCAGCUUUCCACCGCAGUUCCUGGGAUUGGAUCGCCGUCUAUCGGGUGGGUUUCCGACAUUGCAAGGACUACAUAGCCUAUGUAUGGGCCAAGCAGGAAGAUACGGAGAGCCACCUGUACCAGCUGACCUUCCCCGAGGAGUCCCUGCCUAAAGGAAAAGGGGAUUACAUCCUCGGCUACUACAGCCACAACUCCAGCUGCAUAGUGGGGGUGACGGAUCCCUUCCAGAUUUCCCUGCCCACCCCGGAGCAAGUCAGCAGUGCCACGGACAGCACCAACAGCACCUCCGAAGAGGACGACGACAGCACGCUGGUGCUCCUCGGCCCCAAAUCCCGCAGCCCCAGCCCCGGCAAGAUGCACCGUCACCGUAGCCGCAGCCCCAGCCUGGCCAAGUUCCAGGGCCUGCUCUUGCGAUCCUCCAGCCGCGACCAGGGGGCCAGCCGCAGCCCCUCGCCCCAGGGACGCCGCCACAGCACCAUUCUGAAGGCAGACAUUCCCAGCAUCCAGUUUUCCAAGGACAGCCCGCGGCACCGCUCCAAGUCGCGGGAGAUGGUGCAGAAUGCCGAGGCCUCCUCCUCCUCCUCUUCUUCCUCCUCCUCCUCCUCCUCUUCCAACACAUCCCAGGCCCGGACAAGCUGGCGCUUCGAGGAGACUCCACUGUCUCGGGCCGAUCCGCGGAAUCUGGGUUUGAUGCCCGCUGUGCGCUUGGAGACGGUAGACCGAGUUAUGGGCCCACGACGCGACAGCACUGACCCGAGUCUGCCCGGACGAAGGAUGAGCCCUACCAGCCCUACGGCGGGACUUGCAGCCCUCUUUAGUAUGUCCCCGCAAGAGGGGACACCCCAUAAUAACCACAGCUGCGAUACCAGACAUUAAGGCGGCGGAUCCCACCAGGCAGUCAUCCUGUGUAGCGUGUGUGACGAUGCCCUUUGCCCACUCCUCUCUUGGCCUGCCUUGCCCAAAUGGGACACAGACCCAGACACGGAGCUGCCGUGGUGCCACCCCAUCCCAUCAGCUUCACAAUUGCCCCGUGUCUGCACCGGAGCCCGACCAACGGCCCGUCCCACUCGUGUUGCUCCCCACCCCCUCGUCCUCCUCGGGGACAGCUCUUCCACCAAACACCGAGAUCAGCACCCCCAAACUGGAUUCCCCCUAAACACUGUUUUGGCCCCUCACAGGGAGGACCAGCCGGAGGACGGAAGUGCAAGGAGCACAACGAGGAGAAAAGGAGGCGGCCAUUUCCAGAGGCCUCCGUGUUGUAAGUGCCGAGGGCCCAGUCGGGCUCAUGGUGAUGGAGAACCCCAGCAGAAUCCCAGGCAGCCAUGCCCGGGGGUGGGGGAAUUUCAAGCCAAGGUUGAAGACGUGGAAUGUAGAACUCUGGCCGGGGGAGGCGGGAGGGGAGGGAACUGGGAGGGCUGGUCUCUCUCUCCAGAUUGGGGACCUUCUCCGGGAUGAGUUCAGAGUCGAGACAAUCUGUCCUACCUCUCUCUCUUACACCCCAAUAAAUCACCUUACAAAUGCUCCAGGAGGUUGCGUCUGCCCUCUCCGCAGCAGGGGCCGUUGUGCGCAGGGGUGGGUUCCAGCUUCUUUUGCUGCCUGUUUGCUCAGGGAUGCGUUUCAGGCUUGACGCGCAGAAGUAAAAAACAGGACAGCAGCGCCUAAGGUCCCAUUGACAGAACC